CUUGUGAAGCCUAAUGUCGACACGCUGUACUCUCGUGUCUUUCUGGAUCUGUCUUCCUCAGAUCUGGCCGUCACUAUUCCGGACAUGACCGAUCGGUAUUGGACCUGGCCAUUUUAUGACGCCUACGCCAACGACGUUGCCAACCUCAGCCCUCUGCAGUCCUAUCCAGGCGGCACAUACCUCGUGCGUUACGAGCCUAACAACCCAGGUGCAUGGCUAGCGGCCAACUCCACCAACUCCUCCUCCUCUUCAUACGCCGGUUAUGUCAACCUCCCGACGCCAUAUGGGAUCUCUCUUGUGCGCAUUCUAGUACAACCGGAGAAUGGCGGCACAGCUGCGGUGAAUGCACUGCAGGAUCAGCUGCAUGUCACCGAGAUACCGCGAGACGCCCAGCCCGUGGCGCCUGCUCUGAACCUGAGCAUCUUCUACGACGCGGCCAUCGUGCCUGGCGGGCAGAGCAUCCUCGAGCAGGGCGUGCUGAACCUCGGCGCACUACUCGCGCAGUUUAAUCCCAGCGAGGUGGUCGCCGACAGGAGCUGGAUCAACGAGACGCUCAGGGACGCCGGGUUUUCCUUCCCCAAUGGCACCUCUGCGCAGCCCGCGGGCACAAACCUCACCGCUGCGUCCGCCUCUGCGAAUGCGUCGGUGGCGGCCGAGGCAAAGAACACGGGCUUCGAGAUCCAGAUUGGCACCAGCUGGACCAUGCAGAACACGUCGUUUAUCGGGAACUACUACGAUGCCUAUUUUGCACGAUACAGCGUCGCCACAGCCGGGUACCUCGCCAUGACGGACGACCAGGUGCUCUAUCCGGUGUACGGAGGGGCCUUGACCGCGUCCAACACGACGGUACUGCUCGUCAUAUUUGAUUCGAGACCGCCCCUCGAAGACCUGGGCUUCUGGAGCCUGACAGCGUACAACGCCGCGGGGUAUCUGAUCGAGAACCCGAUUGACGUGUAUGCGCUCGGGGACAGGAGCAACCUGACCAUGAUGGACGGGAGCAAGUACUCCGACGGCACAGACGGGCCUUUUCAGAUCCUCGUGCAGCCUGGCAAUGUUGUGCCGCCGGCCAAUUGGACGAGUAAUUGGCUGCCUUCGCCGGCCGAAAGUGCUUCUUUUCAACUCGGCUUGCGGUUCUAUGGACCGAGUGAUGCUCUGAGAAACGAUUCAUGGACGUACCCCUCGGCCGAGACUGUUGCAGCCAUCACAGCAUGA